AUGCUCUUAUUUAUUUCCGCGCGCAGCCUAGAAAAUGAGGGUAAUUAUUAUUACGGAAUUCCCCUCGGUGUUCUUCGUUAUAGCAAAGAUAGGACGCAUGCGGAAGUUUUCGCUGCAGAUGAUCAGACAAUUAUAUUCCAUAAAUUCACUCAUCAACCACAACAGCUUGGAUGCACUUCAAUAAUGAUUGGGCCACAAAGAAGUAAAGACAGCGAUUGGGAACAAAGCAACGGGGUUUUGCUGCAGUUAUCAAGAUCAGAAUUCGCUAAAAGGUUAACUCGAAUCAAACGUUCGCCGCAACUCGCAUUUAGCCUACAAUCAAUGUUUAAUUGGCCAACAGAAUUCGAUCAUCUGAAAUUACCUGAAAAAAUCAAAUCGAGACCGAUCAAGUCUUUUAUAAACCAUAAAAAUCCUUUCGCUGGAAUCGACAUUGCAAUUAGCAAUACAUUAAACGUUUCUCGUCCACACAAAGAUAUCAUUAUCAAUGAUACUGCUUUUAGUGAUAGCACUAAAAUUUUUCAAGAGCUUACCACUUCGACUAUAUCUGGAGUUGUGUCAUCUCGACGACCGCCAAUCAUUACAACACUGUUCAAUAAAGAAUCAUCUACAGGCACCGACUUUACUCUAACCAUAUGUUAUAUAAACUAUAUAUUAAGAAUAAUUCUUCAUAAAUAUCAAAAAGCAAAUAUCAAAGAUCAAAAUCAAGAAAUAAAUAAGCCUGAAAAUGCAUUGACUAAUGAGCAAGAAAGCUUCUUUUCUAAGAUAACGAAUUUCCCAGCAAGAAGCAUUCCCGCAGAAGUUACAGAAUCGCAGCUCGAAGUACCGAAAGAAAUCGCAGUUACAAUUCAAAAUGAAUUUACUGAUCGCUUUAUCCCAAAGUUAUUUCAUGAGAUAAAAAAGUCACCAGAUAAAGGACCAGGAAUGAUCGUAAUCAACCCAGAUACUGGUGAAGAAAUUGAUUUAGAGGAGCCUAGUCUUGUGAAUGUAAAUAUGGACCGAGAAGUUUCUUAUUUGUUAUUUUAUCGAAAGAAAUAUUUUCAAGAUUGGGAAACUGGAACCAGCCAAGGUCAACUAAAAAAACAAAUAAAUGGUCCAAACUUGCUUCAUCAAGAAGUUCUCAAGAUGGAUAUUGAGGAAGUUUCGCCUGAAGAAAAUAUAUAUGGUAAAUCGACGCCUUUAUAUUGGGUUGUAGAAGAUCCUCGAAUGAAAAGACGUAGACAAAAGAAAAUUCAGAGGAUAAAGAAUGAGAAAGAAGCACGAAAUGUUGAUGUGAUAUUGCCACCAGCUGAAGAUAUAUCAAUGUUGCUUGCAAUUUCAACCAAGUCUCAACCAGAAUUAAGUUAUGCUUCCUUGCCACCCUUAACAACAGUUGGGUUGCGCGAAUCUUCGCAUAAAAAAUAUCAAUUGCCUUUAUUAAUUGGUGAAACAGUCGCCUUUCUACUAUCUGAUGAUGCGAAACUUGCAGAUUAUCAGUGGAUUGGCAUCUAUGAUAUAUGUAAAGACAAAGCAAUCCCUCUCAUAUCUCUAAAAAAUGUGGAUCCACCAAGAAGAGAACGCAUUGCUCCACUCGUGGGUUGGUCUCACAACAUUUCUUCGCAUGGAGUAGAGAUUUUGAAUUGCAAUACCAUUCUCAUUCCAGGCUUUGUUUACGAUGGUGGUAACUCGCCACAAGGGACAUAUUUCUACAUAGGCAUUGGUCAUUUUCCUGAUUUCAUUGAAAAACAAAUGCGCACCAAAGUCGUUGGUACCCCACUUCAUGAGCCACUGCGAAACUAUUAUGAUGAGGAUAUUAUAAUACGAUUACCAAAUGCAUAUCGCACUUUUGAUAUCGACUUCAUCUCUAUAUUUAACGAAAUAGAAAAAAAAUCAUAUGGCUACGUUACCAUUCCGAGCCUAUUAGUGCCUCCUUGCAAAGAAGAUGAAUAA